GAACACUUUUUUUCUGAGAAGUCCUGAAAGUAAUCUCCAGGACCAGGACUCUGCUUUCAGCCUCUGGAGUUGUGCCUAGUCGAAGUGCCCCCCCCUUCUUGGGCCCCACCCGCCAUGAGAGCUGUCAGUGUGUGGUAUUGCUGCCCAUGGGGACUACUGCUGCUACACUGUCUGUGCAGCUUCAGUGUGGGGUCUCCGUCUCCUUCUAUCAGCCCAGAGAAGAAGGUAGGAAGCCAGGGGCUGAGGUUCCGGCUGGCUGGCUUUCCUAGAAAGCCCUAUGAAGGUCGAGUGGAGAUCCAGCGAGCGGGUGAAUGGGGCACCAUCUGUGAUGAUGACUUCACGCUGCAGGCUGCCCAUGUCCUCUGCCGGGAGCUGGGCUUCACAGAAGCCACAGGGUGGACCCAUAGUGCCAAAUAUGGCCCUGGAACAGGCCGAAUCUGGUUGGACAAUCUGAGCUGCAGGGGGACUGAAGGAAGUGUGACAGAAUGUGCCUCUCGGGGCUGGGGAAAUAGUGACUGUACCCAUGAUGAGGAUGCCGGGGUCAUCUGCAAGGACCAGCGCCUUCCCGGUUUCUCAGACUCCAAUGUCAUUGAGGUGGAGCAUCAGCUGCAAGUGGAGGAGGUGCGACUCCGACCAGCGGUGGAGUGGGGCAGGAGACCCCUGCCUGUGACUGAGGGCCUGGUUGAAGUCAGGCUUCCUGAAGGCUGGUCGCAAGUGUGUGACAAAGGCUGGAGUGCCCACAACAGCCACGUAGUCUGCGGUAUGCUGGGCUUCCCUGGAGAAAAGAGAGUCAACAUGGCCUUCUACAGGAUGCUGGCCCAGAAGAAGCAACACUCCUUUGGUCUGCACAGCGUGGCAUGUGUGGGCACAGAAGCCCACCUGUCCCUUUGCUCUCUAGAGUUCUAUCGUGCCAAUGACACCACCAGGUGCUCUGGGGGAAGCCCUGCAGUGGUGAGCUGUGUGCUGGGCCCUCUUUAUGCCACCUUUACUGGUCAGAAGAAGCAGCAACACUCUAAGCCUCAAGGGGAGGCUCGUGUGCGUCUAAAGGGUGGUGCCCACCAGGGAGAAGGCCGAGUGGAAGUCCUGAAGGCUGGCACAUGGGGAACAGUCUGUGACCGAAAGUGGGACCUGCAGGCAGCCAGUGUGGUGUGUCGAGAACUGGGCUUUGGCACUGCCCGAGAGGCCCUGAGUGGUGCCCGCAUGGGGCAGGGCAUGGGUGCCAUCCACUUGAGUGAAGUUCGGUGCUCUGGCCAGGAGCCCUCCCUUUGGAGAUGCCCGUCCAAGAACAUCACAGCUGAGGACUGUUCCCACAGCCAGGAUGCGGGUGUCCGGUGCAACCUUCCCUACACUGGGGUGGAGACCAAGAUCCGACUCAGUGGGGGCCGCAGCCGGUAUGAAGGGCGAGUCGAGGUGCAAAUAGGGGUACCUGGGCAUCUACGCUGGGGCCUCAUCUGUGGGGAUGAUUGGGGAACCCUGGAGGCCAUGGUGGCCUGUAGGCAACUUGGUCUUGGCUACGCCAACCACGGCCUGCAGGAGACCUGGUACUGGGACUCAGGGAAUGUAACUGAGGUGGUGAUGAGCGGAGUGCGUUGCACGGGGUCUGAGCUGUCCCUGAACCAGUGUGCCCAUCACAGCGGCCACAUCACCUGCAAGAAGACGGGGACCCGCUUCACUGCGGGGGUCAUCUGUUCUGAAACUGCUUCAGAUCUGCUGCUGCACUCAGCACUGGUACAGGAAACUGCUUAUAUUGAAGACCGGCCCUUGCACAUGUUGUACUGUGCUGCUGAAGAGAACUGCCUGGCUAGCUCUGCCCGCUCGGCCAACUGGCCUUAUGGCCACCGGCGUCUGCUCCGAUUCUCUUCCCAGAUCCACAACCUAGGAAGAGCUGACUUUAGGCCCAAGGCUGGGCGCCAUUCCUGGGUGUGGCAUGAGUGUCAUGGGCAUUACCACAGUAUGGACAUUUUCACUCAUUAUGACAUCCUGACCCCCAAUGGCACCAAGGUGGCUGAGGGCCACAAAGCUAGUUUCUGUCUAGAAGACACUGAGUGUCAAGAGGAUGUCUCCAAGAGGUACGAGUGCGCCAACUUUGGAGAGCAGGGCAUCACUGUGGGAUGUUGGGAUCUCUACAGGCAUGACAUUGACUGUCAGUGGAUCGACAUCACAGAUGUGAAGCCAGGAAACUAUAUUCUUCAGGUCGUUAUCAACCCAAAUUUUGAGGUAGCAGAAAGUGACUUCACCAACAACGCAAUGAAGUGUAACUGCAAAUACGACGGGCAUCGCAUCUGGGUGCACAACUGCCACAUCGGCGAUGCCUUCAGUGAAGAAGCCAACAGGAGGUUUGAGCGCUACCCUGGCCAGACUAGUAACCAGGUCGUCUAAAACGCUACCACCCUCUCUGUAAACCACCACUGGCCCCCAAUGGCAGGGGUCUGAGGCUGCCAUUACCUCAGGAGCUUACCACAAGAACCCCUGAUGUCAGCAGGCGCCCUACACUCAACCACCUGUGCACUACAGACGACAAACUGUCGAGCAGAAGUUGGCGCCUCCUUUACUGGGUCAGCUGUCAUUCCCUUUGGCCAACAAGCAUGGAGAAUCAGCCAACAGCCCCAGCACAGACAGAACACACCACAAAGAACUGCCCCACACAGGAUGGCAGCAGCUCAUUCUCUUGAAUAGGGGACGUCAAGAGGGUCAGCUCCCAUCGCUCUCCGUUCUCCUAAGGACCACGUUACCUCUAGCCAUUUAGUGGGGGAAAAGAUCCAGCCCCCCACUUUUGACUGUAACAUGUUGCUAGGUAUAAUUUUAUUUUAUAUAAAAUGUGUUCUUCGGA